AGCAUGGAAACUAAAACCUUACUUCCUGCCUGACAUAACUCACUUCAAGAAGAGCACAAUGUCAGAACGUGGAAUUAAGUGGGCUUGUGAAUAUUGUACGUAUGAAAACUGGCCAUCUGCGAUCAAGUGUACUAUGUGUCGCGCCCAAAGACCAAGUGGAACAAUUAUUACAGAAGAUCCAUUUAAAAGUGGUUCAAGUGAUGUUGGUAGAGAUUGGGAUCCUUCUAGCACUGAAGGAGGAAGUAGUCCUUUGAUAUGUCCAGACUCUAGUGCAAGACCCAGGGUUAAGUCUUCGUACAGCAUGGAAAACGCAAAUAAAUGGUCAUGCCAUAUGUGUACCUAUUUGAACUGGCCAAGAGCAAUCAGAUGUACCCAGUGCUUAUCCCAGCGUAGGACCAGGAGUCCCACAGAAUCUCCUCAAUCCUCAGGAUCUGGUUCAAGACCAGUUGCUUUUUCUCUUGAUCCUUGCGAGGAAUACAAUGAUAGAAAUAAACCGAACACAAGGACCCAGCAUUGGACUUGUUCUAUUUGCACAUAUGAAAACUGGGCCAAGGCUAAAAAAUGUGUUGUUUGCGAUCAUCCCAGGCCUAAUAAUAUUGAAGCAAUAGAGUUGGCAGAGACUGAAGAGGCCUCUUCAAUAAUAAAUGAGCAAGACCGAGCUCGGUGGAGGGGAAGCUGCAGCAGUGGGAAUAGCCAAAGAAGAUCGCCUCCCACUAUGAAACGGGACUCUGAAAUGAAAAUGGAUUUUCAGAGGAUUGAAUUGGCUGGUGCUGUUGGCAGCAAGGAGGAACUUGAAGUGGACUUUAAAAAACUAAAACAAAUUAAAAACAGGAUGAAAAAGACUGAUUGGCUAUUCCUCAAUGCUUGUGUGGGGGUUGUGGAAGGUGACUUAGCUGCUAUAGAAGCGUACAAGUCAUCAGGCGGGGACAUUGCGCGUCAGCUCACUGCAGAUGAGGUGCGCCUCCUGAACCGCCCUUCUGCUUUUGAUGUUGGCUACACUCUCGUACAUCUGGCUAUACGCUUUCAGAGGCAGGAUAUGCUAGCAAUACUGCUUACAGAGGUGUCUCAACAAGCAGCAAAGUGUAUUCCAGCAAUGGUGUGUCCUGAACUGACAGAGCAGAUCCGGCGAGAGAUAGCCGCCUCUCUUCAUCAGAGAAAGGGGGAUUUUGCUUGCUACUUUCUAACUGACCUUGUUACAUUUACAUUGCCAGCAGAUAUUGAAGACUUGCCUCCAACAGUCCAAGAAAAAUUAUUUGAUGAGGUGCUUGAUAGAGAUGUUCAGAAAGAGUUAGAAGAAGAAUCUCCAAUUAUAAACUGGUCUUUGGAAUUGGCUACACGUUUGGACAGUCGACUUUAUGCGCUUUGGAACCGGACUGCAGGAGACUGCUUGCUUGAUUCAGUGCUACAAGCUACCUGGGGCAUUUAUGACAAGGACUCGGUGCUUCGGAAAGCCCUGCAUGACAGCCUGCAUGACUGUUCACAUUGGUUUUAUACACGUUGGAAAGAUUGGGAAUCAUGGUAUUCUCAGAGCUUUGGUUUACAUUUUUCCUUGAGAGAAGAACAGUGGCAAGAAGACUGGGCAUUUAUACUCUCUCUUGCUAGUCAGCCUGGAGCAAGUUUGGAACAGACACACAUUUUUGUACUUGCACAUAUUCUUAGACGACCAAUUAUAGUUUAUGGAGUAAAAUAUUAUAAGAGUUUCCGGGGAGAAACUUUAGGAUAUACUCGGUUUCAAGGUGUUUAUUUGCCUUUGUUGUGGGAACAGAGUUUUUGUUGGAAGAGUCCCAUCGCUCUGGGCUAUACAAGGGGCCACUUCUCUGCUUUGGUUGCCAUGGAGAACGACGGCUACGGCAACCGGGGUGCUGGGGCUCACCUCCACACCGAUGACGACGUUACCAUCACCUUCCUGCCCCUGGUCGACAGCGAGAGGAAGUUGCUCCACGUGCACUUUCUUUCUGCUCAGGAGCUAGGUAAUGAGGAACAGCAAGAGAAACUGCUCAGGGAGUGGCUGGACUGCUGUGUGACCGAAGGGGGGGUGCUGGUGGCCAUGCAGAAAAGUUCUCGGCGGCGGAACCACCCCCUGGUCACGCAGAUGGUAGAGAAAUGGCUUGACCGCUACCGUCAGAUCCGGCCUUGUACGUCCCUGUCAGACGGAGAGGAAGAUGAAGAUGACGAAGAUGAAUGAAAAAAAUCAAAGAGCAGAAGACCAGGGUAUCAGCUCUGUGGCGACCCCCAAGCUAGUGUGGUGCACGCUCCAAGCAGAGCGCAAGGCAUGGAAGGAACCAGAUCUGCCAGGAUCUGCCCGGAAGGGCUUUUCUAAUCCACACCCAAUGGAGAUGACGUAUCUGCUGUGUGAGGAGACAGAGAACUUUGUUUGGACUACAGUUUGUAAAAAAAGAAGAAAAAAACCUAAUUUUAUUAAGACAGAACUUUUUUCCUUUCAAAUUGUAAAUCUGUCUAUAAAUGUGUAACGCAUGUGGUUGUGUAAGAAGUUGUGUAAUAGGACAAGUUGUACCAGCAUCUUCAUAUUAUUGAGAAGUUUUUUCCAGCACGGGCACCUCCAAAAGCACAUGGCAGAUGACUCUCUGUUCCUUUGAGAUACUUUUUUUGAAGUAGAACCUGGCAUUCUACUUCCAUCUUAAAAGGCCCACUUUACGUUGAGUCUCAUGAGAGCUCAUUAGAGAUUUGGAAACUUUCUGUACAAAUUAUCCACAGCAAAACAUAAAAAUAAAAACAAGCUUUUAUUUUAUUAAUAAUUUAGUUCCUGUCAUGCCCAAUAAAACGAAGUCAAAUCUUUAAGGAACAAACUGGAAGGAAAGUAAGAAUUAUUUGAGUGAACUUCAUACAGACGUCAUUCCCUUGUUUUGGAAAGGGUUUUGGUUUCUAUUAUUUCGUCUUUUUUAAGCUUCUGAUAUGCCCCUUUUCAGUAUUUAGGUAUUUAUUUGUUUGGAAGAGCACCCUUAACCUGAGGGUUCUUCUCCCAGAGUCCGGGCGGCAGUCUCUCUGUGAGUCGUCAUUCCCGGGAUGUAAGUUAAAAGAAAGAGCCUGGGGAACAGGCCCACUUGUAACUAAAUGAAUUGUGUGAAAUUUGCGCACUUGAUUCAAUUGACGAUGUUAUACUCCCAAAUUGCCAUGCAGAGGGUCUUUGGAUUCUACCUUGUAUCAACUCUGCUUUAAGCAAAUCGUGUUAGAAAGGCAUGCCUUUGCUUGGGCUCAUUGGGAAUCAUUGUUAAGUAUAGAAUAAAGAUUUGAAAAUGCAGUAAGGUGGAAAUGCAUUAUAUAAUGAAUUUCUCAGAGUAGUCUGAGAAUUUUUGCAUGUUGGUUAA